GCCCACCAUCCUGCCAUGUGGCCGAUCACCGCGCAAAAGCAUCAAAUCAAAUUCCGCCCGGGACACAAGGAGAAAGAGAGGCCCAGGGACGCACAGGACUAAGGAGCGUGUCAGCAUAGCCAGAGCCAGAGAAGAGCUUGCAGGUGAGAACAUGGCCGCAACGGCGUGCUCUACGGCGCUUCUGGGUGGAGCAGGAGCGCGCCUCCCCGUCCGCGCCGCCGCCGCGCCGCGGUCCGUUCUCCUCCCACGGCGUAACUUCUCCCCUCUUGGCCUCCAAGAUACACCGCGGCUCUCUCUGCUCCGGGCGAAGGCCUCCUCCGAUGACACCUCUGCCGCGAGCGGCGACGAGCUCGUCGACGACCUGAAAGCCAAGUGGGACGCCGUCGAGAACAAGUCCACCGUGCUGACGUACGCCGGCGGCGCCAUCGUCGCCGUAUGGUUCUCCUCCGUCAUCGUCGGCGCCAUCAACUCCCUGCCUCUGCUUCCCAAGAUCAUGGAGCUUGUUGGGCUCGGCUACAGCGGAUGGUUCGUGUACCGCUACCUCCUCUUCAAGGAACGCAGGAAAGAGCUGGCCGACGACGUGGAGUCCUUGAAGAAGAGCAUUGCUGGUACAGAGGCAGAGUAAAAGAAAAUAAUGUUGUAUGGAUUAUUAUUUUUGUUGGAUGAAUAUCUCGAGAACGCUUA